GUGUUCUCUUAUUUUUUGCAGAAAAACCAACAACAACUUCUGAAGAAGAAGCAGCAGACUUGACUUCAAAAUGGCUGCCGAGCUGACCACGAGCUGCUGCCUUCUCUGCUUGGAUGAUUUUUCGCCAGGAGCUGGAGGAGAUUACAUAGAAGUUAACUCGGCCCGAGGAACGCAACUGGAUGUGGCCAAAAUAGUGGGCCAACAUUUUCCCGUAGUGAUACGCGAAAGAGAUCGCAUAUGCGAUCGUUGUUGGAAAACAGUCAUCGAAUUCCACACGCUUCAUGAGUUUGUCAGUGCGGCCCAGAGUUCACUUGAGGAGACCAAGGUGUUGCCCAUGGAAGAUGAUCCAUUAACACAAAACGAAGUGAAGGCACCGAAAAAAGUAGAAGAGAUUGUAAGCAUUGAACCAGAGGCCCCAACGGAGGCGGAUAGAAAUUUCUUUUAUCCCGAAGUGAAGAUUGAGGAGCACGAAUUGGAUCAUUUGCCCAAAAUAGAAAUACUAGAAAACACAAGUGACAGACGUCUAAGGAAAAGAGUUAAAGCCGAGGGUGUCCAGGAGGAUGGCUUGGAUGGUGAACCGGAAUCAAUUGCAGCGGAUGAACCACCUAAAAAGCGCCGUGGGAGACCCCGUAAAGUACCUGGAGCCACACCUACUUCAGUGGAAAAGUCAUUGGAUUUAAAAUCAGAGGAAAAACUCGAGUUCAGUGCCGAUGAUGAUGUUGGUCAUAUGGACGAUGAAGAUGAUGAUGAUAACCUGCCAGAUCCUGAUUUCCUGAAUGAGGAUAGCAUCGAUUCGGAUUCUAGCAAUUCCCAAUCAGAUACCGACUCUGAUUUCGAACUGAAUGAUGGCCAAGAGAAAUUGGAAUUUGCUGAUAUACCAAAACGAACUGUUCAACGUCCCAAGAAAUAUAAGAAACGCUCAAAGCCGGCGGAACCAAAGGUUCGCAUGUCCCGCGAACUUAUCGAACAACGCAAGAAGCAGCAAGAGGAAUAUGAUGAGAUUAUAGCCAAGUUCUUUAACAAAGUAUUGGCCUGUUCGUUGUGUAAUUUGUUGGUUCAUAAUUUCACGGAAAUGCAACGACAUCAUCGCCUCACCCAUCAAGUGGAUCCCGGCUAUAUGAUGUGUUGUGGCCGUAAAUUUACUCAACGUAAAGUUUUGGCUGAACAUGUUCAAGUUCAUUGGAAUCCAGAGCAUUUCAAAUGUCUAACCUGUUCGAAAUCAUUCCAAAACUCAAGACAUUUGGAGUCACAUCAGCAAGUGCAUUUAGAUCCCUCCAUUAAGUUGACAUUCACUUGUGAUCUCUGUUCCAAGACUUUCCUAAGUAAAACGGCCAUUGAUUAUCAUAAACUGAAUAAACAUGUACCCAAAUCGGAGUUCAAAUUCACCUGCACAGAGUGCAAUAAAAAAUUUCUCACCGAGCGCAAGCUUAAGAAUCAUAUGAAUUCCAUACACGAUCCAGAGAGUACCAUUAUCUGCGACAAAUGUGGCAAACAGAUGCGCACCAAAAUCAUACUGAAAAAGCAUCAAGAGCUGAUGCAUUCGGAUAAACCACGACCCGAACCAGAGCUGAAGCAAUGCCAAAUAUGCGGCGCCUGGCUCAAGGGUAUGACUGGUCUGAAACAGCAUAUGAAGAGCAUACAUGUGGAGAGUGCCGGGGAGCAUCGAUGUCACAUAUGCAGCAAAGUGUCGCCCAAUGCGAGAGCAUUACGUCGUCACAUCUAUCACAAUCAUGAGUGUGAAAGAAAAUUCAAGUGUACCAUGUGCGAAAAGGCAUUUAAACGACCACAAGAGCUGAGGGAACAUACCUCAACGCACACUGGCGAAGUAUUGUAUACCUGUCCCAAUUGUCCAAUGACAUUCUUUUGCUCCGCCAACAUGUAUAAGCAUCGUCAGCGUUUACAUCGUGCCCAGUAUGAGGCUGAUAAGAGUCAGCCUAAACCUCCGAAUAUAUUGAAAAUAUCACGUAAUGCCUCUUCGCAAAGUAAGACCAAGCAAGAGAUCUGAACUGUAGAAAGAAGAAAUAACUUUAAAUUUACCAUUAAAAAUAUAUUUAAUAAUAAUAAAUUUUUCAGUUAGGUGUACACAUUUUAAAA